AUUACUCAGAAACUCACCGUCUCUCAAAUAAAUCAACAAAAUGUCUUCAGCUCGGCUAAUCGUUGUAUUCAUGACCCUUCUCUCACUGAUUUCCAGACCUGCAAUGGGUGAUGCGCCGACGUGCGACUUCGUUGUACUCCAGCUAAACCCUUGCCUCUCUUACCUGAUGAAAUCUGACGCAGCACCACAGAGUGGUUGCUGUUCAGGAGUCAAUAACCUGAAGGUGUAUUCAGAUGACCAGACAGCUCGACGUACAAUCUGCCAGUGCAUUGAGCAGGCCGCCCAAACUUACACAAUGAUUGAUUAUUCCCUUAUCGGUGGGCUUCCACAGAAAUGUGGAGUCUCUCUGCAGCUGCCACACGUUACUCCCGGUUUCGAUUGUUCCAAGGCUUGAAGAGAAGACCCGGAGGAGUCUGCUGAUCUUUUUUCCUCAAUAAGACUUGUGUUGCACAUUACUUCAUAAUAAAAAACAUAUUAUUGUUGUUCA